CACACACACACACACACACACUGAUGGACAAAAUGGAUGCGGCAACCCACGUCAUGAAAAAGAAAAGGCCCCGUGAAGAUAAUGAAAAGACAGAGAAGGUUAAAAAGAGAAGGAGGGUUGAUGAAAGCGAUGUUUGCCAAAACAAGCAGAAAGCUGAAAGCGAUGAGAAGCAGCCCCGCUUGUCUGCCAAAGUGUUUGGAGAAGACUCUGAAAUCAGCUACGACCAACUGUACAGAUUCCUCAAGUAUUCUGCUUUGGGGAAACGCCACGAUGCAGCUCAUCCCAGCUGGUGCCGUGUUCAUCACCGGAGGCGUCUGGCUGGCGUAGUGGUGGUGGUCCUGCGGGACGUCGGCCAGCUCCACUUUGACCGCUUCUACCUGCAGUUCAAGCAUCUCCGAAAGAUAUUCAGACAUCGCUUCUCUCUACCCCCGGCCUCUGAUGACUUUAUGAAAGAACUUUGCGGCUCGGGGACCAAUGACGCUCCACAGAUCAGCAGGCAAGUGACGCGGAAAGAUCCCAUAAUUCAGAAAUAUGGAGAAGAGGGCCAUGGGCUCUCCAGGUAUGUCCUUACUGCGGAGGAGAUGCGCCUCAAUGAUUACCCCUUGGAAGGCUUCAGCAACUACAGCCAUUUUGUCCGCACCCGUUGUGAUGGCCCAGCGACAGACAGCAGCCCCCUCUUUGGGCUGGACUGUGAAAUGUGCCUCACCGAUAAGGGAUCCGAACUCACGCGAAUCUCUGUGGUGGAUGCCCGUGGUCGGUGCAUUAUGAAUGAGCUGGUCAAGCCCGAGUUACCAAUAAGAAAUUACCUCACAAGUUACUCUGGCAUCACGGAAGAGCUGCUCCUUCCCGUCACGACAACCCUCGCCGACAUCCAGGUCCGGUUGAAGAAGCUGCUGCCCUCUGACGCGGUUUUAGUGGGCCACUCUUUGAAUUUUGACCUUCAAGCUCUAGAAAUGGUGCAUCCGAACGUUAUAGAUACUUCUCUUCUCUUUGCCAGGAAGGGUGGCAAACGGUUCAAGCUCAAAUUCUUAGCAGAAGCAGUUUUAAGGAAGCAAAUCCAACGCACGGACGGAAGCGGCCACGAUCCAACCGAAGAUGCUAAGUGUGCCCUUGAACUGGCCCAGUAUUUCAUCAGCCAAGGACCCAGGAAGGUAGCAGAGCUGAACCUGGAAGCAAGACUGCUAAAGCAAAGGGAGACGGGAGAGGCAUGGAACGGUGCGUUGCCGCAGCAAAAGAACGGGGUGAGGAAACCCAUCCAAUGCCUUCUAGACAUCUUGCACUCUGUUGGUCAAAAAACAUUGCUUCUGGGAGGACAGAAUGAGGGAGCUUCCGACAACUGUCAAAAUCAGACUGGCUCUCCGAAUAAGCAAGUACUCCAGAGAGCCCUGGAAGAGAUUCCCAGGUCCUCCUUCAGUGUAAUUCAGUUUGCUUUGGAUUCUCAGCAUGCCACACCCAACCAGGUUGCAGAAACAGUUUCCAAGAUGAGGACCAAGCUGGCCAACAUGCUGACACUCUACGCAGGCCCAUUUGCCAAAGACUUUUGCCUGAAGUCUCUGAAGAGAACCUUCAAGAAAUACGGCCAUGUUCUGUCAAUAAGGGCCAUCACAGAAACAUUUGAGCCCCACGUCUGUAUCCAGUACGAAGUGCUUGAGGCUGCCCAGCUUGCGAUGGAGAGUCUCAAUGGCGCAGAAGUAGCAGGAUUCUCAGUCAAGCUUCAGAGACCCGUCACUGAGGAAACGCUCGAUUGUGAGAUGCUGGUGAAGGAGCUGGAAAGAGAUGCAGACAACGAAGGCGUCCUUUACCUGGCAGGAUUGGGGAAAGCCCAGAGCGAGGCAGGCUUGCAGGAGAAGCUGGGUUAUUUGAAAGACUUAAACGCUAUUUUCCUGCCAAGGGAUCCCAGAACCGGAAAACAGAGGAAUUACUGCUUUCUCAAAUUCCACACACCAGAAAGCGCCUCCCAUGCUCUUGAAGCCAUAAGGGAACAGACAGCCAGAGGAAGCAAAUUGCAGAGCAGGAGGGCUCUCACGCCCGCACGCCUCCACAAAUGGUUUCGUCACGUGAAUCAAAAUGGCGGGAAGCUCCUUGCCUCACAGCCACCCCUUGAAGCUCACUUCCUGGAAAAGGAGCGGCCCUUUGCUUUGGAAGAAGAUUUAAAGAAAGCCAUGAAGACAUUAGACCGUAGAAUCAAACAGCUGCAUCGGUGCUUGCCGAACCACACACUCUGUGUUGUUUUGUUACCAGGCACAAACAGAGGCUCCGAAUUGUUCCAGGGCAUCGGCCUGCUGGGAAUCAAAGGAGAAAAGCCAGCCUCCCGAGGUUGCUGUUCGCCUUCAUAGCUUUUAAUGCCCUGGUUUUGCUAAAAGCUCCAGUGAUUUCAUUUAGGCCCUGCAUCCCGAACACCAGCAAGUCCCCACCCCCCCAUUCCUUCAAUGUUUUAAAUAUUAAAAUCAGCUAAGUCAAAUA